GGAGCUCAAAGCACACAUCUCUUCAGUUCUUUCAGACUGAGGAACCAGACGGACGAAGAUGUAUUGUCUUCGAGAUGAGGAUGCUCUCAUUCCUCGACCCCGUGGGAGUUUACCAAAAAUGUGUGCUGCAUUGCUGGCUACCAUAGCAGUCGGGGGAAUCCUGCUUAUGUCUCCUGGUAGGCUAAUAAACCUCGUAGCUUUAGCAGCACUAAUUGUGACCCUUGGGCCUCUGCUGCAUGGAUUGUGUCUGCUGGCCGAGGAGGUGCUACACCAUUCAAACACAAGGUAUCAAGGCCGAUCAUUCCUCGGCCACAUUCUGCCAGCCUGUGGAUUGGGGGGUAAGACUCUGCUGGCAGCAGCAAUGGCCGGUCUCCUGCUGUACAUGACUAGACACUCUCUCUUGCACAACGGCCAAAGCUGGGAGCUCAUUGUUCUGGUUUCUGUGCUUUAUACGCUGUUCAAAAGCCUGGGAGUCCUGGGUCCAUCUGAGGUGGAGGUGUCAGACAUCUGUGAGGAGAGGAAAAUGAACGUGGCACACGGCCUGGCUUGGUCCUUCUACCUUGGUUACCUGCAGCUGGUGCUUCCAUGUUUGGAGAAGUCCUUCGAUACGUUUCAUGCUUCUCAUCAUGACAGCUUGAGGGUUCGUGGCUCCCAAAAGCUCUUCAUCCUCAUUCCUCUUAACACCAACAUAUCCCACAGGCUGGAAGAGGAAGACAAUUACAUCAAAUUCUAUGACAGCCUCCCAAACAGCGAGCUAGACAGGGCCGGAGUCCGGGGCCGGGUCUACAAGCAUAGUGUCUACAGAGUGCAGGACGAGCGUGGGAAGGCCCAUGACUGCGCCGUCGAGUAUGCAACCCCCCUGCUGACACUGUACCGCAUGUCCCAAGAGAGAAGCGCAGGUUUUGGGCAGCGUGAACGCAGACAGCAGGUUCUUCUGUUCUACAGAACCCUGCAGGGCAUCCUGGAGCAGUCGCUGGAGUGUCGCAACCGCUACACACUCAUCCUACUUAAAGACGAGCACGAGGAUGACCCUCAUUUCCUGUCCAAAACUAUCCUGAAACAUCUGGAGCAGCAGAAUAAAGAGGAGUUCUGUCUCAACUCAGCUCCGCAGCUGGAGACAAAAAAUGCUGUGGGGAUCGAAGACUGGCAAAACCCAAAUCCAAUGAGUCGAGACCCCACGUUGAUGAUCAGCCUGGAGAAACCUCAGUCUCUGAGGUGUCCCGUUGAGGACACUGACUACAACUAGAGAGCAACAUAAACUGCAGCCAUGGGACAGAGUAACACUGAUCCAUGCACCAUUUUUGGCAUAAUUCUCAUGUUCUGGAGUAAAUGUUUGCUGAUGGCACAAAGACCUAAAACAUCAGGACCUCUUAAACCAGCUGUUUAUUUUGGUCUAAUUGUUUGAGAACCUCAAAAAUAUUCUACACUUUUUUAAAACGUAACUUUUUAGAUGCAUGUGUAUAUUUUUUUGUUGAGUUUUUUUCCAUUGUGGAGUACUGUUGUUUUUUCUGUGCAUGUUACCAUUACAGCCUGAUUUGUCUUAACAUACACUGCUAAAUUAAAUAUGUAAAACUAUUUGCAUCUUCAUUUAAUAAAAGAAAGUCCACAGCAUCAUGGACCCUCGA